AUGAAGGAGGAGCGCAGGAAGAAGAAGGCUCUGCAGGCUGCAGGCAAGGCAGCUGUCCCCGCAGCCCUGCCAUCUCAGAGCGCCGCUGUGGCUGCUCCUACAAAGGCACAGGUUCCAGACACGCUGGUGGCCUUCCUCUUCCCCGGCCAGGGAUCCCAGGCAGUGGGCAUGCUCAAGGAGUGCAAGGAUAUCCCAGCAGUGCAGAAGAUGCUGGCCACGGCUCAGAAGGUGCUGGGCUAUGACCUGCUGAAGCUGUGCCUGGAGGGCCCCAAGGAGAAGCUGGACGACACUGUCUACUCCCAGCCAGCCCUCUUUGUUGCAGGGCUGGCGGCUGUGGAGAAGCUGCGCGCCGAGGAUCCAAAGCUGGUGGACAGCUGCAGCGCGGCUGCCGGGCUGAGCCUGGGAGAGUAUUGCGCGCUCGUGUUUGCCGGCGCCCUCAGCUUCGAGGACGGCCUCAAGGUGGUGAAGCGGCGGGGGGAGAGCAUGGCGGCGGCGGCCAAGCAGGGCAAGCCGCACGGCAUGCUGUCCAUCAUUGGCCUCAGCGACGCGGUGCUGGAAGACGUGUGCGCCAAGGCGUGCGCCAAAACCGGCGGCGACACCGUCUGCCGCAUCGCCAACUACCUCUUCCCCACCGGCCGCGUUGCCUCUGGGCACAAGGACGCCCUCGCAGAGGUGGCGAGCCUGGCGACUGCGGCGGGGGCAAUGAAGGCAGUGCCGCUGGCCGUCAGCGGCGCCUUCCACACUCCGCUCAUGCAGCCGGCGCGCGAAGCCCUCAUCGAGGUGCUGGGCAGCGUGACCUUCACAGAGCCGCGCAUGCCGGUCUACUCCAAUGUGACGGGGGCGCCGUUUGCGGGCGCGUCGGAGAUUGCAGGCAUGCUGGCACGGCAGCUGGUGGAGCCCGUGCAGUGGGAGCGCACAAUCACAGCAUUGGUCAAGGAUGCGAAGAAGGAGCAGCUGCUGGAGCUGGGGCCGGGCGCGCAGAUCAAGGCCAUGGUCAAGCGCAUCGACAUGGGUGUCUGGAAAGCCAUGAAGAAUGUCAGCGUGUGA